AUGGCGUCUAGCUUUCCUGUCGCACCUCCGCCCAAGUCCCUCCUUGGGCGUUACCGACUGCUUGCUCCAACUGCUGGUAUUCGGGUUAGUCCACUCUGUCUUGGAGCCAUGAACUUUGGUGACAACUGGUCGUCCUUUAUGGGCCCAUGCGAUGAAGCUACCACAGACCAGAUUCUCGAUGUCUUCUACAAUCAGGUAUGCAAUUUCAUCGAUACAGCGAACGGGUAUCAGUUUGGAGAUUCGGAACGACGUAUCGGCACUUGGAUGACAAAACGAGGAGUCCGAGACCAGAUGGUCAUUGCGACAAAGUAUUCAACUAACCUAGUUCUUGGUACGAAUGGUCCCCCAAUCCAAGCCAACUAUGGGGGCAAUGCUACCAAGAGCAUGGUCCUGUCAGUUAACGAAAGCCUGAAAAGGCUUCAAACAGAUUACAUUGACUUGCUGUAUGUGCAUUGGUGGGACUAUUCCACGUCCAUUCAAGAAAUCAUGCAAUCGUUAAACACGCUCGUUCAGCAAGGGAAAGUCUUGUAUCUGGGUAUCAGUGAUGCACCUGCCUGGGUGGUCAGCAAAGCCAAUGAAUAUGCUCGAAACCAUGGACUGCGACCUUUCAGCGUCUACCAAGGUAGAUGGUCCGCUGCCACCCGCGACUUCGAAAGAGACAUCAUCCCCAUGUGCCGUGAUGAAGGCAUGGGACUUUGUCCAUGGGGUGCUCUCGGUGGUGGAAAAUUUAAAACUGAAGAGCAGCAAAGGGCUCAAGAAGCCCGAACUGGAGAACUUACCGAAGCAGAUGUCGCCGUCAGCGCGGUAUUGGAGAGGAUUGCCCGACGGGAAAAUGCUGUUCUCUCAAGCAUUGCGCUUGCGUAUGUCUUACACAAAGCGCCAUACGUUUUCCCGAUUGUUGGUGUCCGUGAUAUGGUGCAUAUUCAGGGAUGUAUUGACGCUCUAAGUAUUGAAUUAACGGAGGAAGAUGUCCAAGAAAUCGAAGCUGCCAUACCCUUUGAUCUAGGCUUUCCUCAUUCCAUGCUCUGGGGUCAAUCCGUUCCAAAGGCACCUCAGCAAAUGUGGUUCACCAGUCUUAGUGGUGAAUUCGACAACGUUGAACCACCAAAGGCCAUCAAACCAGCGUCCAAGAAGGACUAGAGUUUCCGGG